AUGCCGGACCCCUGGGACAGCAAAACGGUCAUCGGCCUUUUUUGCGACCCGUAUGUCGCCAACACGAACCUCGAGGGGGGCCACUCGGAGGAGACGCUAAGCGACGUCUCCGGGUGGCUCAAGGAUCUGAAGAGCAGCAAUCCAAAGGCAUCCAAGGUCCUCCAAGAGGCCUCCCACCUCUUCGCAGAGGGCGCGAGGCUGGGCAAUGAAGGUCGUGGGGCCUUCGGCUCUGCGACAGGAGCUGCCGCAUGGUGCCAGUCGCUGCGAAAGGCUUUGGAGGGCCUGAAGCAAGGGGACAUGCUGCUUGCGCCUGGCGGGUGGAUCCACAACAAAGGUGGCCAUGCCAUCCUUUACCUGUUCCAGCGUGUCCGUGGCAACGAGUUCUCCUUCGCGGUGUGUAACACUGGAGAAGGGGUCAACGCGCAUCCGCAGGAUGCCGGAGCUGCCGUGUUUCCAAAGGAGAAGCACGUCACGUCCUGGCGUCUGACGGGGAUCCCUGCCGAGAAGGUCCUGGACGAACUCUGGCUCCAUGCUCUUUUUAAGAUUUACUUCACCAAAGCAGAUCACCACAAGCCGCCUAUGCUCUACGAAGUGCUGCUUCCGAUGCUUCUGCCAAAUGGUGAUGUCCGGAAGCAGACAGACGAGUCCUGGCAGACAGCGGCAACCCUGCAACGAGCUGGCUCCUGCUACUACAAGUGCAUCCCUGCUGCCUUGCGUUUGAUUCUGGGCACCCGGGGCAUCGAAGCGCCGGAGAGGAAGCGGCUGAUGUACCAACUGCGCGUGCAGCAGCUGCAGCAGAUCCACAGGGCCCUGGGAAAUACGGACCUGGAGGGACUCUCUCGGUCGGACCUGAUGGUGGUCGAGUGUGCUUGCCGGCAGGUGGCGCAGAAAGUGCUUCGAGAGGAGCGUGUUGGCCUUCCUGCCAAAGACAUGGAAUCGGUUCGGGAGCUCAUUGCGGCGGUGGACGCCAAGGUGGGAGAGGCGCACCAGGCCCAACGAGAAGCGAUGGCGGCGCGCGCAGUCGGGAUCAGCGAGGGAGCGAACCCCGCAAACGUCGGCUACGUGGGCUUUCCCGGAUGGGAGGCGCUCUCUGUCGCAUGGGCCGGCAAGGGUAACAGCAACUACCGCGCCUACUCCCACCUCAUGGGGCCCAAAGACAGCCAGAAUCUGGGGGAGCAUGUCGAUCUUGCCAGCCUUCGCCAGUUGAGCGGAAUCGAACUCCUCCGUACAGUUCGGACGAUGUGCCCGACGCCCAUCGCGGGUUUGGGAUUCAGGAUUUAG